AAAGAACACUGCGACAACUUCCUCAUCAAACACACAUCUCUCUCACACACACUCUCUAUCUGACUGAAGACACACAGACUGAACACUCAGAGACUCUUCACCAAUCCGACAGCUGUGAUGGUGGACAAUCAGCAGUUCAUGAUGGAGAACCGUGAGCGUAUCCUUGCUGUCGAGAACUCCUUCGCGCCGGGUGGGAAGCCUCUCCUGGCUCCGGGUCGUUUCCUGGUCGGAGAAGGUCGCCUGCUGAAAGUUUGCAGACGCAAACCACAGCCCAAAGUCUUCUACCUGUUUAACGACAUCCUGGUGUACGGCAGCAUUGUGGUCCCAGGCCGUUGGAACAGCCACCAACACAUCCUCCGUCUUGAGGAACUAGAGCAGGAGAACCUAGAAGACGGAGUGGGAAUGAGUAACCAGUGGGUCCUCCGAACGCCGAACAAGUCCUUCCGCAUAUCUGCAGCUUCAAUGGUGGAGAAGCAGGCAUGGAUGGACCACAUCGAGCGCUGCAGGGUGGAACGGCUGAGGCAGUUGAAUCUGCCCCAUGUGAUGAAGCCGUUUGCCGCCAUUUGGAUCCCCGACGCUGCCUCGGCCGUUUGCAUGCGCUGCACAGAACCAUUUAAGGUCACACAGCGCAGACACCACUGCAGACAUUGUGGCUUUGUGGUUUGUAACUCCUGCUCAAAGAGUCGUGCCGUCCUCAAACACAUCUCAUCCAAACCGGUCCGGGUGUGUAGUGUGUGCAAGGCCUCUCUCCGCCAGCAGGAAGUCAGCAAUGGAGCUUUCAGGAAGAAGGUCUCGAUAGAGGAGAUGCCUGAAUACGAAGAGUCGAGUGAAGACGACCAAGAGGAGAACCACCCAGACACCACAUGGAUCAACACUUACCAAGAACCUGAGCCUGUGUACUGCUACUUUAAGCCCAUACACCCCAAGCCUCCAGAGCUGUAGUGUACACUUCUACAGAACACCUGAAACACCUUAAAACUUGGUGAAACUAAAUAUGAGAACACACACAGAUUACAUCUUCAUCAUCAUUUCCUCCUAACACUAUUUCCAUCUCACGUCAUCACAUCCACAGACGAUGUUCCCCUGGAUCAGGAGGAGUACGAUAUGUACUCAUAGGGGAAAAGGUAUUUAAUUAACAUAAAUCAGAACCAUAAUUUAGUGCUGCACACAGUGGAGAUGUUAGUCAGGCUCAGUGAAGACACUAAUGCUGUAAUGAGUCGCCCUCUAGUGGUGUGAGGUGUGACACUGUUUAUAAACAUCUAAAUGUCUAUUAGAUAUGUUUGUAUUUGAUCAUUUAACAUUAACUUUAUGAUGAAAGCACUAAUAAAUAUUAUUAUUAAAGCA